GCGUUAUUAUGUACGUGGUGCGGCCGCAGUGAUACACCGUUCCCGUGUUGCGAGACGCUUGCGGGUCUGAGCGCGCGCGCGACAAAGCGAGACUCGCCGAGGCCGAGAGCCGCGUCCGGCGGCGGCAACGACGGAGACGAGCCAGAGAGCCCGUCCUCGAUACGAUCCCCGCGGUUGCGAUGCGCGGUGGGCGAGCGGCGCGAGCCGAGGCGACGACAGCGACCGUAGCGAGCGGGCGUACGGUGUGAAGUGAGCGGGCGACGGCGACGUCGCGAUCGCGAUCGAAGACAAUAGGACGCGCGCGUGCGGCAACGCGAGACCGUGGCACGAUACCGGAAGGACUGCGAGGUUGUGAGAGGCAAGUGCGAUGAGGACUUCGGCGACAACAGCGGCGGCGACGACGACGACGACGGCGACGGCGACGACAAGGCGCCCCCAGCGACGCACCUGAGCCGCUCUGACGAUUACGACGACGGCGGCGGCGACGACGACGACGUCGUCGUGAUGCGUCGCACCGUGUCGCUCCAGUACCGCGCAGCAGCAGGCACCUCGCUCCAGUUGUGACGCGACGUGUUGGUGACGUGACGCGACGCGACGUAAAGCGGGACGGAGAAGACGUUCUUCUCGUCAGUGCGCGAGCGAGUGAGCGAGCGAGACGGAGGGAUUUCGAGCAGGAGAGAAAGAGAGAGAGAGAGAUAGAAACGGAAACACCUCUUUCUGCGUGCAGCGAGUGCAACGGAGACGAGACUAGUGGAGUGAGUGAGUGAGUGAGAGAAACGGUGAAAGAGAGAGAAAGAGGGAGGGAGACGGACGUAGACAGAAAGAGUCGCGCGCGCCGAAGUGUGUGCACCUUCUCCUCGGGUCGCGUUUCGUUUGACACGACGUCGCGCGUCGUCGACGUAAGCACCGCUGUGCGAUCGCCGCUCGCCGCUCGCUCGCUCGAGCGAGCGAGACAGACGCCGUAUACGCGGGGACGGGGACGCGCGUAGCGCGCGCGCGAGAGAGAGUCCCCGAUCUCCCGUUCUUUUCACCACUCGGCCGUUCAGCGGCGCACGAAGGAACGGCGGCGCACUUGUGUUUACGCUAGAAGCAUUGACCGGCCACCACGGCGACCAUGUACGCGAAGGGAAAAGGGUCGUCAGUGCCCUCGGACUCUCAGGCGAGAGAAAAAUUGGCGCUUUACGUGUACGAGUACUUGUUACAUGUAGGAGCACAAAAAGCAGCACAAACGUUCCUGUCAGAGAUUCGAUGGGAGAAGAAUAUUACGCUGGGAGAGCCGCCCGGGUUCUUGCACUCCUGGUGGUGUGUCUUUUGGGAUCUGUACUGCGCGGCGCCCGAGAGAAGAGAUUCUUGCGAACACAGCAGUGAGGCCAAAGCGUUUCAUGAUUAUGGAUUCGUGAACAGUGCUUACAACGUCAAUGGCAUUGCACAUAAUGCUGGACCGGCCCCAUCUCCGAUUGGUCAAAUGCCACCAAACGACGGAAUGCCUGGUGGUCCCAUGCCUCCUACUUUCUUCCCAAACAACUCAACAAUGCGACCAUCUCCGCCCACACACCCCUCAUCACAGCCAUCCCCCCAGCACCCCCAGCCACCCCCGCCCCCACACUCGCAGAUGAUGUCCACCCAGUUUAUGGGCCCCAGAUACCCAGCAGGACCACGACCUGGAGUACGUAUGCCACAAAUGGGAAAUGACUUUAAUGGGCCACCGGGACAGCCAAUGAUGCCAAAUAGUAUGGAUCCUACCAGGCAAGGCGAAGCUGGAGAAUUUGUAGGGUGGCAAGGUCCACCAGGAAUGAACCCAAUGAACCCGAGAAUGAAUCCUCCGCGAGGUCCAGGAAUGGGACCGAUGGGCCCGGGCAGUUACGGCCCAGGCAUGAGAGGUCCACCGCCCAAUAGUACUUUGGGUCCAGGUGGGCCAGGGGGUCCUGGAAUGCCGCCGAUGAGUAUGGCCGCUCCGGGUGGUAGACAACAAUGGCAACCCAACACAUCUACGCCAAUGAAUUAUUCGUCGUCAUCGCCGGGCAACUACGGAGGGCCGCCUGGAUCAACGGGUCCGCCUGGACCUGGUACACCUAUUAUGCCUAGCCCACAAGACAGUAGCAACAGUGGAGGAGAAAAUAUGUAUACCAUGAUGAAACCCGUACCUGGAGGAAAUAUGCCGGGUGAUUUUCCAAUGAGCGGCGGACCUGAAGGCGGUCCAAUGGGACCCAUGGGUCCUAAUACAAUGGGUCCUGUUCUAAACGGUGACGGUCUCGACGGGAUGAAGAACAGUCCAGCGAACGGUGGUCCUGGUACACCACGGGAAGAUAGCGGCAGCGGAAUGGGUGAUUAUAAUCUGGGUGGAUUCGGAGCUCCUGGAGAGAAUUUUUUUUAAAAAAUCAAGUCGUCUUGGAGCCAGCCCCGAGUAGAUGCCGUAGACUUCGCACGUGGUGUGCCGGUUAUAUACAUGUAAUGCGGAAAAGCAUCGUACGCGGAUUCGCUGCGUAUUCACGUGUUCCAUGGUGCGUUCCGGCUCUAGUUUCGCUAUAGUCCGGCACAUGUAGUUUCGACAGUGGUUCAAGCUCGUAGAGCAAGCCAGAGCGAAAGAGAAAAGAAAAGUAACGAUACUCGUGUCAAACGCAGCGUAACGUGCGGCCGUUAUCGAUUGCUCCUGCUCGAUUAGGAUUAGCACUUAAGCGCUCAUUAAUUGAACCGCUAUCAUUAAACGGCGCAGAUACUCGAACAACGAUUAUUCUUACACGCGCGCCUCGCCGUGUCUAGGAAUACGAUAUGUAUGCUUUCUCUAAAUACUCAAAAGGUUGCAAGACUAGGUAUAUUCAUUUUCUUAAUUUUCUUUUUUUUUACGUUUUACUAUGAUUACACCAGGGAUUGAAAACGGUAUUUAAACAAUUUUGUUUCAAUUGCCUGUCGGAAUUUUCCAGUUGCAUAAUUGAAAUAUAUUAAACGACAUAUCAUAUAAUAUAUAAUGAUCAAGAUAAAAACGAUGUUAUUACCGUUAUAUUAUUUAAAGGAUCGCUAAUUUAUAAAUAUUGAAUUGACUACUUUUACCUUUUCCUUUCACAACGUAUAGAUUCGCCGUUUCGGGUUUAUGUAGCAUUAUCGCGUUUUACGUAGAAUGGCGUAAUGAAAGGUGCUUGUCGUUGCGAGAUUUUAUAAGAGCGAGUGUACACACGGUACCGUGGCACUUGCUAGUAAAAUUCUUUCGAUCUUCAGUCCCUGGAUUAUGCCUAUUACUUAAUUACGGAAGCUAGUUAAUAUUUACUUAAGAUUUUGUCAGAUUAUUUUCUAUUAUUUAUAUUUAUUUGACAAUUAUACGUAGGUCGUAAGUAAAGGUGCCUGAAAAAUCACGUGAAGAUUGUUACACGAGACACGAGAGUACACGCAUACAUGUACCAACACGUACGCACAUACAUACACGCAGGACACGCAUACACACACGAUAGGAUAUACGUAUAUGAAUUAUCCGCUACUGUGAUUACUGAUCGCAUACUUAUUAAUCGAUUUUUACGCCCUUGUUCUCUUUUUUUUUACUCUCUUUUGAACGCACCAUCCUGAGUUGUACUGACAUUUUGAUCUUGUCCUUGCAUUGCAUUAUAAAGUUAGCGAUACGAACUGUAAACGGUUUUACGGCAGGUGAGGACCUCCCCGAGAGGAGGGGGUGUCCCGCGCGGUCUCUUUACACCAACGUGAAUCUUUAGCAGUCUCGACUCUCACAGAUCUUGCAACAACGAGACUCUGAUAGUAAGGUGAACGGUCUAGACAGGCUCGCGGACCGGGUCCCUCCAACUAUUUGCUCACAGCCCGUUCCCGAUGUGGCGGGAGCGGGCGUUCUGUCCUUCUCGCAGCCGUCGUUAACAUUGCGGAUGGAAAUUGAUACGCACGUACUCAGUCGCGAGAUACACGCGGAUUACCGUUUCUCGCUCGCGGAGCAAAGUCGGCGCGAACGCGUGAAAAGAAAAGCGACGAUUUUAACAGUGAUUUUAACGAGGGGAGCUGCUCUCGCGCGUUACGGUAGAGCCUCUCCGGUAGCUAGCUCGCGUUCCAGGUGGGAAUGUCCAGAGUUUCGGGACGAUUAGAUCAAACUACCGCGUCGUGGCUUCUGAUCGCUCUCUCGCGGAGAGUCCGCGAAUAUCUUGUGCGAUAAUGCAAAUGCGUUGAAUUAAUUGAGAGUCGUUCCUACUUGAAAUCGAUCAACGCGCGUCUCGCGACCCGCUAGUGCUUAGUUUCGCCGUCGUUUCUCGUGCAAAGCAUGUAAAGCUCGUCACUUGCUCAAUUUUUAGCGUCACCGUCGUAGGGACGGAAGGUGGAAUCUCUUUCGAAAACUCUUUAGUCUUUUAACGUACUAUUAAUCCGUCGCGCCUCGGGCGCGACUCGAGCAACGAUAAUUGAUGUAAAUUAAUCGUAGCUUUCACCUUUGACACCGGUAGCCGUUUUGACAUUGUACUACGGUGGUUGAGGCGGAUUUCUCAGCGAAGGUAGUUUCGACAGCUUCGAGAUUACGCGGUAUAUUAGCGAGGCGAAGUGGUUCACUGCAGGUAGCUUAAACGAAGUACUUGAGAGAUAAAGAGGUAUAUAAGAGAAAUAUAUAUUAUAUAUAUGUAUGAUAUAUGUAUGUAUAUAUAAUAUAUAUGUAUAUAAUAUAAAUAUAUGCAAACGUUAAUAUUUUUGUAUGAAUAUAAGAUACAUAGACGUGCGAGUACUGAACCUUAGAGAGCGAGUAAUAGAUAGAGAAAAACGGAAGAUAAAAUGCGAUGAGGGUGAGAAGCGAGAGAUUUCCCGGAAUCCAUCCGUCCGCAUUGAUUAUAGGUCAGUACUGGACUAUACUGUGCUGCUAUUAGUUAUGUUUAAAUUAACUUAUAGUGCCGAGACAUCGAUGGAAUUUUAUGUAAAAAGAAAAAGAGGAAGAAAUACACGGAGAGAAUGCGGGUGAGAGGGAGAGAGAGAGGGAGAGAGAGAGAGAGAGAGAGAAAAGAGGAGUGAAUGUGCGUAUGCGCAAGUGCAUGCUCUGGGACCAAACGGCAAGACGCUGCAAGUGUUUUCUUUUUUUAUUUAUUUAUUGUCCCGUUGUGUAAGCUCGUUUUUUCUUUUUUUUCUUUUUUUUUACAAAAGCUACCUCGCUGCGAACGUUCUUGGGCGUUCCUUAACGCUUUUCAUCUCGGUUUGGGAUCGUGGAUUAACAGGUCGUUUACGAAAACAGGGUGUUUUGCUUCACACCAUAUAUGUUGUCGUACAAAAAAAAGAAAAAGAAAAAUGUGCGCGAGUGUACGUGGCGCAGGUGAUGAGUGGCCUCGCGAUGAUAAAAGUGACGAAUCUGUUAAUUGUUUGACUGCGACUAGUCGCGCGGACGACCUGGUGGCGGGUUUUUAUCUUGUAAUUCAAGCUUGGUCAUUUGAACUAAUCGGAAUUGUUUGCCGCCUGACACGUGAGACAAUUGCAGGAUAGCCUAGGCAGAGCGCACCGCUUGCCGGAUAUUCCCGGAUAUUCUUGCCGUCUUGCCGUUUUAAGCCCAUACGUCUAAAACGGAGAAAAGAAAGUACACGCGCGCUUGUGGAAAUCGCAUAAUCUUUUCUUUUUGAUGCGAGGACGUACAAGACGAGUCAAUGAGUGAAGGAUAAAAGCUCGGCAAAAGCGGCGCAUUGAGGGUACGAAGCUCGAACGCGACUCGUAUGGCAAGUCGAAAUUUUGUCUCGGUGUUGCGCCGUCAUAUUUUUCUUUCUUCUUCGAACGGAAGCAACGUCGACCCACCCCGGCGACGUUGUUCCACGUUCAUCAGCGGUAGAGACUCGCGGAACGGACGGGCGCGGUUUGGUACCCUUAAUGCCAAUUUACUUGAUAUACUCCUCGUUGUAAGCCGAAUCUAUUCGCUGAAUGGUAACAUAAUUAAUAUAUGCCUAUAAGCCAGGCGAGAUCGAGACAAUAAAUGUAAUCCUGUUACACUGAGA